UCCCAUAUAUUGCAGUCGAAAUGUGUGUCGCCUUUCAUUUGCGACAAAACCAAAGACACUGUCAAUGGCUUGUCAUCGGAAGCGGCGGUCGAUUUGGACAGAGUUUGCAUGUGUUGCCGGUAUGAGUAUCUGCUAUCGAUGCCACACAUGCCGGACAUGACUUACGCCAACAAUUGGCUGAUCGUUGACCACAAGACGGGCUUUUCGUUGCGUUUCAAUUGCUUGGAUGCGCUGCGAGUGGUGUCCAAAGAGUUGCCCCGACAUCUGAAAGUGGACGCCGCCAACGAUUGGAUGAAAUCGCGGGCCGACAGCCAAUACACGCGCUUUACGGCCAAACCAUUUGACUGGACGUUCACCACCGACUACAAGGGCUCUGUGGUCUCUGUCGCCGAUGACGGCACACAUGUGGCCAUCGAUGGCUCGGCGGGUGUUGAGUUCGCGCCCACUGACCAGCGCAUAGACAUCGAGCGUCUGAAGCGUAAGGACGAGAUACUCUACUACGACGACGUGGACCUGUUUGAGGACGAGUUGGCCGAUCACGGAGUGGCCAAGUGUUCGGUCAAAAUUCGAGUGAUGAAACAAUCAUUUUUCAUUUUAAUGCGAUUCUUCCUCCGCAUCGACAACGUAUUGGUCCGCAUGAAUGACACCCGACUGUACCACGAGGUUGGCACAGACUUUAUAUUACGCGAGUAUACGAAUCGGGAGGCGUUCGUGAAGGACCUGCACAUACCGGCGCCCGUACUCAUAGAUCCCGUACAACUGGCCAACCAUUUGCCACUCCAGCAGACCAUCUGUCAUAAGUUGUCGUUCAAAUCGUCGAAAUGUGUGUCGCCUUUCAUUUGCGACAAAACCAAAGACACUGUCAAUGGCUUGUCAUCGGAAGCGGCGGUCGAUUUGGACAGAGUUUGCAUGUGUUGCCGGUAUGAGUAUCUGCUAUCGAUGCCACACAUGCCGGACAUGACUUACGCCAACAAUUGGCUUAUUGUUGACCACAAGACGGGCUUUUCGUUGCGUUUCAAUUGCUUGGAUGCGCUGCGAGUGGUGUCCAAAGAGUUGCCCCGACAUCUGAAAGUGGACGCCGCCGACGAUUGGAUGAAAUCGCGGGCCGACAGCCAAUACACACGCUUUACGGCCAAACCAUUUGACUGGACGUUCACCACCGACUACAAGGGCUCAGCGGUGAGCGUCGCCGACGGCACUGAUGUGGCCACCGAUGGCUCGGCGGGCGUGGAGUUCGCGCCGACUGAUGAGCGCAUAAACAUCGAGCGUCUGAAGCGUAAGGACGAUAUACUCUUCUACGACGACGUGGACCUGUUUGAGGACGAGUUGGCCGAUCACGGAGUGGCCAAGUGUUCGGUCAAAAUUCGAGUGAUGAAACAAUCAUUUUUCAUAUUAAUGCGAUUCUUCCUCCGCAUCGACAACGUAUUGGUCCGCAUGAAUGACACCCGACUGUACCACGAGGUUGGCACAGACUUUAUAUUACGCGAGUAUACGAAUCGGGAGGCGUUCGUGAAGGACCUGCACAUACCGGCGCCCGUACUCAUAGAUCCCGUACAACUGGCCAACCAUUUGCCACUCCAGCAGACCAUCUGUCAUAAGUUGUCGUUCAAAUCGGUUUAAUCCAAUAAAUCACACCUCGUUUUUGACACUCAA